AUGGACAAGAACAAGAACUCUGGUAUCACUGGCGCCGGCAAGGUUGUCACCUCAACUAUCGGUAACACAGUCGGCGGCUUGACAAACACGGUUGGCGGCGUCGUCGGUGCUGCAUCUCGCGGCAUCAGGGAGACAGUGACGGGUGCCACUGGAGGUCUUGGAAAGCCCCUUGGGGAUGGCGUUACCAACAUUGGAACUGGUGUCGAAGGUGGCGCUGCCUCUGUCGCAAAAGGCGUCAAGGAUGCUGGCGAGUGA